AUGACAAAAUCUACGUUCAUUGCAGUAUUAAAUCUGGACCAGCAGAACCCCGAUCUUUUAGCCUAUGGAGACUAUGGUGAUAUGGGGAUUCUUCUAAUGAGGAAAGCUGGAAUUGUCGAUCAAGAACUGAGAAAAUACAAUGUCAUCGAUAAUAUGGAAUUUCCCUCGCAAGACUCCUUGCAGAAUGUCGCCGCCAUCUACAUUACCGGAUCGAAAUACGAUUCAUGGAGAUACUCAGAAUAUGAAUGGAUGCAAAAACUUAUAGCCUUCAUCCAAGACGUUUACUUCAACCACAAGAUACCUCUGAUUGGAAUUUGCUUUGGACAUCAAAUUAUUGCAAUUGCCUUGGGUGGAACAGCUAAAAAAGUGGGCUGGGAAAUUGGGACGGAAAAGGUUCAAGUGAGCUUGACAGAUGGUCAUAUUCAGACAUUGACAGGGAACAGUAAGAAAGUCGCCAAAGAUCUGGCCGAAAAGGGAAGCUUUUUGGUCUCAGAAUAUCACCAAGAUGCGGUGACUAAAAUUCCAGUGGAGACAAUCAAUUACGGCUCAACCUCAAACCAGCAAAUCCAAGGCCUUAUCAAUGACAGAAUCUUCACAUUUCAAGGACAUCCCGAAUUUCCCACAGAGGUGGAGUAUUCGCUGUUAGAAAAGCGUAUCGACAUCGUUGGCAAGGAGUUAUACGAGGAUGCCCUGAAAAGAAAAGAUGAGGAUGAUGGUUUCUUCCUAGGUAGGCUUAUUAAAUCGUUCAUUGGAAUUUAA